AAGUUUAACAGCGCUUAGCGCGCCAGAAUCAAGUUCAGUCGCGCCGCAAACGCGUUGCGGAAAUGUUUUGUUGUGAGCAACGACGGCUACAACCGCUGCAAACGGCACGUCCUGGCUGCUCUUACGCGCCGCUAACUUAAAAAAAAAAAAAAAAAAAAAGAAACACGAAAAAAACGAUAUUAAAAAUUAAGAAAAAGGAUUCAUUUGCAAAAAAUAAAAAAAAAAGUCACGCACAGGAAUCGCGAUGGAGCCGCUGGCGUUGCCGUUGAGGACGCUGCUGGUGGCACUGUUGUUGUUAAGUUGGCAGCUGAAACCAAGUGCCGGCUCCGCAGUGCUCAUCUCGGACAUGACGAUGACGAUGAUGGUGGAGCUGUCAUCCCGACAUCCCUUCUGCAAGAUGCACACAGAUCGGGGCGACAUUCAGCGAAUGCUGUUGCAGUCGGAUCCGCGUCGGAUACGGCAAGUGCCACGCGAAUCAGUUGUCGAGCUGGAGGAGGUGUGUCGCAGGCAGGGCUCCUACGGACAUGAGUUUCGCGGUGGACUGGGCUUCAUCUAUCCGGGCACAAAGUGGUGCGGUCCGGGUACAGCCGCCAGCAGUUACGACGAUCUGGGGCCACAUGUGCGAGAGGAUCGCUGUUGUCGCGAGCACGACAUGUGUCCCGAUGUUCUCAACGUGGGCGAUUGUAGGCGUGGCCUGUGCAAUCGAGGCACCUUCACACGCUCCCAUUGCGAUUGUGAUGCGAGAUUCCGGCGAUGUUUGCAAGCAGCGAAUACGGAGACGGCGAACACGUUGGGCGCCAUUUUUUAUAAUGUGGUGCAGGUGACGUGCUUCCAGGAGCGCAGCCCUUGCUCUGCGCACCAGAGAGCCGGAUACAAUGAGACAGAGCAGGAAGCGAUCUGUGCUCAGUGGCAAUAUCAGCCGUCGGAGAAAUAUGUGCCCAGUCAGCCGCGCACCUCGUAGAUGUCCAUUGAGAUGACCUGGAACGACCUGGAAUGACCUGAAACAGUCCUGGAACAUCCUGGAACGACCUGGAACGACAAAUACAAAUCUACAAGAAGAAAACACAGAACUUAGCGAUAAAAAAUAACAAAUACAAGAACAGUAAUCACUCGCAAAUUGGAGCUUGUUGAAUUUGAAUUUCUAAGAACUAACACUCAGAAAAGGUUCUUUAGAAUUCCUGUUCUAAAAUCAGUUUCCCGGAAACAAAGCGCUGUAAUUUGUCGAACGAUCACUGCAGUAUUAGAACCCCGUCCCAAGAACACCUCGCCCAUAAGCCCCAUAACAGACAUAAACCCACCCGCCCCAUUGCCACACUUAACUGCAUCGUACUCCGGAGCGCAGAGCGCUUCUAAAUGCUAAAGAAACUAUAUAUUUUUUCAUAUAAUAUAAACAUAGAAGCAGACAAAUACAAAGGCACUACAUAUACAUACAUAUGACCCACUUAUAUAUUUACCAAUAUCUGAGAGCGAAUAAAACUUAAAAAAUCAAUUCAUUCGGAA